AUGGCGUUUGAGUGGACUUCCAAAUACUGCCAAUUUUCCUUUCUUUUGAAAAUGGACGACGACGUUUUUGUCAACACGAGGGCAUUAAUUUCACUUUUGAAAAACCCGAAAACCCCUCGAGAAAAUCUCUACACUGGAAAGGUUGAAGCACCCGCGAAAGUGCUGAGACAUGGAAAAUGGAAAGUCUCCGAAAAUGAAUAUAAUGGGACCAUCUACCCACCCCUCUGUCCUGGUUUCGGAAUUGUUCUUUCCCCUGAUGUUGUGGAUACUUUUGUCGGUUUAUUCGAUGUCGUACCAAGAUUUAGACUCGACGAUGUUUACAUAGCUCUGCUGGCAAACAAAACUGGUGUCAAGCCAAUCCAUAAUCCUAAUUUUGAGGUGUUUCCUGAUAAUAAAAAUAGAUGCAGGUUCAUAAACAGUACUUUGGUGCGACAUACGGUCACUGGUGAUUGCCUUUUCAAGGUUUAUAAUGAAAUGCUUUCUUACUUAUCAGCUGUUAAAGGGUGA